AUGGGGUUCAGAGCUCUCUGUCUGGGAAUGUUUUGUGUUCUCUUUGUCUCUCAUAUUUAUACACCUAUGCCAGACAACAUUGAAGAAAGAUGGAAAGUAAUGGCUUUGGAUGCAAUGGCUAAAACUUGUACAUUUGUGGCUAUAUGUUUUGAAAAUAUAGGUAUUAUGAGAUAUGAAGAGUUCAUUUCCAUGCUAUUCAGGCUGGAUUAUACUCAGCCACUUUCAGAUGAAUACAUAACAGUGACUGAUACAGCAUUUGUUGACAUUCCAGUACGUUUGUACUUGCCAAAGAGAAAGUCAGAAACCCUAAGACGUGCUGUAAUCUAUAUUCAUGGUGGUGCUUUUUGUUUUGGAAGUUACAAGCAGACAGCUUCUGACCUCCUGAAUAGAUGGACGGCAAACAGACUUGAUGCUGUGGUUGUGGGAGUGGACUAUAGACUAGCUCCCCAAUACCACUUUCCUGCUCAGUUUGAAGAUGUCUUGGCUGUGGUGAAGUUUUUUCUCCAGGAUAAAAUCCUUAAAAAAUUUGGAGUGGAUCCCACCCGAAUCUGUAUUGCAGGAGACAGUUCUGGAGGUGCCUUAGCAGCAGCAGUGACUCAGCAGGUUCAGAAUGAUCCUGAAAUAAAACAUAAAAUCAAGAUGCAAGCUUUACUUUACCCUGCCUUGCAGGCAAUUGAUUCUUAUUUGCCGUCUCACCGAGAAAAUCAGCAUGGUAUAAUACUGACAAGGGACACAGCUAUAAAACUUGUCAGUUUAUAUUUCACCAAGGAUGAAGCACUUACUCAGGCAAUGAGAAGAAACCAAUUCAUGCCUCUGGAGUCAAAACAUCUGUUUAAAUUUGUUAACUGGAGCACUCUUCUUCCUGAGAAGUAUAGAAAGGACCACGUUUAUACUGAACCAGUUCUCGUAAGUCCUGGUUAUUCAUUGCCUGCACUCAUGGAUAGCAGAGCAUCACCUUUGUUGGCCAGUGAUUCCCAGUUACGGAGUUUGCCACUAACCUAUGUUCUUACCUGUCAACAUGAUCUCAUAAGAGAUGAUGGACUUAUGUAUGUUUCAAGACUUCGAAAUGUUGGAGUUCAAGUUGCUCAUGACCAUAUUGAGGAUGGAAUCCAUGCAGCUCUGUCAUUCAUGGCAUCACCAUUGUAUUUACAUGUAGGUCUUAGGAUAAGAGAUAUGUAUAUUAGUUUUCUGGGUAGGAAUCUAUAA